GACUGGUCAACAAAGGCACGUGAUUCCCGAGCGCUCUCCCAUAUUUGGCCGCAUACCUGGCAAAGUACAGUAGGGCUUCAUUGCUUAUAAUUCAUGAUUGCGUCCAUAAAUCGUGCAAGCACACAGGAUUAUAGCGACAAAGAUCUACAAAUCGAGGCUUUAAAAAUCCAAGCAAAUGAGCUCUUACUUUGUAAACUCGUUCUCAGGGCGCUAUCCAAAUGGCUCCGACUAUCAGUUACUAAAUUAUGGGACUAACGGCGCUGUGAGCGGCUCCUUCAGAGACCCUGGCACCAUGCACUCCGGGUCUUUCGGCUACAACUACAAUGGCAUGGACCUAACCGUGAACCGCAGCGGCACCGGCAGCCACUUCGGGGCCGCCGUGAGGGAGGACGGCCGCGGGUUCGCACCGGACGCCCGCUACAGACAGUCGACCAACUGCUCCCUCUCGUCUCCGGAGCCGGUGCCGCCGUCGUGCGCCACGGCCGGCGCCCGGGACCCGCUGGAACUGAAAAGCCCCUCUCUCUCUCCCUCUGACCGGAGCGCGACCUCGGGCGUCGGCGCCCUGGGCAAAGUCGCGGGCGCCCAUUUCACGGAGAUAGAGGACGCGGCCGCCGCGGCCGACCCCGACGAGGGCGCGCACGGGAGCGGCGGCGGCUCCGGCUCCGGCGCGGCGCCCCGGGCGCAGCAGCAGCAGCAGCAGCAACAGCAGCAGCAACAGCAGCAGCAGCAGCAGCAGCAGCAGCAGCAGCAGCAACAGCAGCAGCAGCAGGAACCCAACGCCACCUCUUCCACUCCCACAUCAAACGACUGCCAAACGCCACAGAUAUUCCCCUGGAUGCGGAAGCUGCACAUAAGCCAUGAUAUGACUGGACCUGAUGGGAAAAGGGCCCGAACCGCGUACACCCGCUACCAGACGCUAGAGCUGGAGAAAGAGUUUCACUUCAAUAGGUACCUAACCAGACGGAGGAGGAUAGAGAUAGCCCACGCCCUGUGUCUUUCCGAAAGACAGAUCAAAAUCUGGUUUCAGAACCGCAGGAUGAAGUGGAAGAAGGACAAUAAACUGAAAAGCAUGAGUCUCGUGACAGGAGGCAGCGCCUUCCACAACUGAAUAACUUUUGGGGGAGUGUAAAAUUAUGGUCAAAUAAUAAUAAUAAAAAGAUAGAAAAAGAAAAAAAUCCAUGAGUACUGUAAAGCUAUUGAAAGCGCAACACCUUCCAGCAUGCCAUUGUGAUAGAAAAAGAAGUAUUCUGUGGUCUUAAAAUGCCAUUUUUAGUUUACUGUUGUUGUACUAUGAUAGCUUAGAUAUUAAAAAAAGAAGAUGUAAAUAUCAUUGGAGGUAUUUGUCCAUGCUCUUUGCUCUGUCUUUCUCUUCUCUCUCUUGAAGGUGUUUCAACUUGAGCUCUUUAUUGUGUCUUCUUGACGGUCCAUCAGGAGUAAAUUCAUUGUACAGUUAAAAAAAAAAAAGUUUCCAAACCAUAUGCUGCUCUUCAUUGAAUGUAAUGUAAUCCGGGGCCAUUUAAAGCGCUUUAGUGUAACUUUUACUGCUCUUUUUGAUGGUUAACUUGUGGUCAAGAUCUAUAAACUUUCAUAAAAAAAACAAUGUUUAGCUCUAGGAAAUGAUGUGCAUCUGUUAUUAUUAUUAUUAUUAUUAUUAUUAUGAUUAUUAUUACUAUUAUUAUUGUUUAGAACUAAUUACGAGCAAUGCAAGUAUAUUAAACCUGUCAAUGUGAUGAGCAUUUUUAGUGCGAAGGGUUAUUCUGUGGAUAGGCAGUGAUGUAAGCUUUUUUCGCCAAUAAGCUUUUUGUAUUUGUAAGUGAACUC